GACAAUGAGCAACUUUCAGAAGAAAAAAAAGAACAACAAUAUGUUCACGACGUUUAUCAGGCUAUCGCACCACAUUUUAGUCAGACUAGAUACAAGCCCUGGCCUGUUGUUGAACAAUUUCUUAAAGAAUUGGAUGUGGGAAGCAUAGGUGCGGAUAUUGGAUGUGGGAAUGGUAAAUACUUGGGUGUCAAUAAGAAUGUGUACAUGAUUGGAUCAGAUCGGAGUUCCAACCUAAUUGAAAUAAGCGCAUCAAGAGGAUUUGAGAGCGUAGUUGGUGACGCCUUAAAAUUGCCAUAUCGCAGCGAAUGUUUUGAUUUUGUGAUUUCCAUUGCGGUGAUUCAUCAUUUCACAACACCAGAAAGAAGAAUUGCAGCAAUCGAGGAACUUUUCCGGAUCGCGAAGCAGAGAUCAUACGUUCUCAUAUAUGUUUGGGCACUAGAACAGGGCGAAGCGCGCCGUAAAUUUGACAAAGAGCAUCAAGAUGUAUUAGUUCCGUGGGUCGUUCCAGCAUCAAAAAACGAUCCGAAUAGAAAAGAAGAGUCUGUUUAUAAUCGGUAA